AUGAACCAGGAAGAAUGCCUAGUGAGCCUGAGCCUACUGGAUAUCCCCCAGAGAUUGUUCUGGGACACACACCUCUGGCCACUGCUCAAACCUACCAUCAACAGCCCCAACAGGAUCCCAGUGGAGAAUGUUGACAGUGUCUCAUUGACCUGCAACGCUACAGGUCAAAUUGACACUUACCGGCAAAAUUCACUUGGUUGCACAAGGGAAAAAAAAUUGAGUCACUCAGCCAAACUCUCUAUUCCUAAUGUGUCCCUGAAGCAUGCUGGAACCUAUAUCUGUCAUGCAUCUAACUCAUACACUGGCUUAAAUAACACCAAAGACAAGAAUCUUACAAUCUAUGUUGAAGAAAAGAAGUUUGCUAUCUCUGAAGAAAACAAGAAUUUUAUAGUCAAUGCCGAGUUUACAAUGUAUGAGAACUUGAUGAAACCCAACAAAAUCAAUAGAACCAGCUUUGUCAUAGAGAAUGGCACCGCAGUCUUGACAUGUAACACAGAGGAUGAACAUUUACCAGAUAUUUGGUGGUACUACAAGAAUAAGAGACUGAUCCUCAAUGACAGGAUGACUCUGUCUGAUUAUGACCAGACCCUCACCAUCAUGCCUGCAAAGAGAGAAGACAGUGGAGCCUAUCAUUGCGAAAUGUGGGAUCCAUUCCUUGUUCAUACAAGUGACUCAUUCAACCUGGUUGUCUGCUAUGGACCAGAGAAAAUCAAGAUUCUUCCAAGCUCUGUUAAUGGCCAGAUUGAGGUCACAUUCAAUGAGAAUUUGACUUUAGGGUGUCAGGCUAAUUCUCAACCUCUGGCUCAUUAUACGUGGCAAGUCAAUGGUUCUUCUAUAUCUGGAAAUUCAAGAAAGACUUACACAAUCUCCCAAGCAUCAUGGGAAAAUGCUGGAGCAUAUACAUGUAUAGCAACGAACGAAGUGGCUAACACAACUAUCUCUACAAAGAUCACAGUCAGGGUGAUUGCAGAUAAAUCUCAUUCACUCUAUGGAAAAUCCAUUAAGGGCAUUGUGAUUGGAUCCAUAGUUGGAGUGACUCUCAUGGGGACUCUCAUCUCUAUCUAUCGCCAGUUCUUCAGAGAACCUUCACAGUAGAACAAAGUUUCUAAUCUGGUUUAAUUCCCUUGUAGUCUGUAUCCCUGAAUGGGGAAGAGAAACCAAAAUGGUUCUCAGCACCCUGUACCCAC